AUGGUUUGCAGCCGUUGGUUCGCGCAUUCCGUCCGAGUCAUCCGACGAGUCGCUGGCGCUAGGCACCCGGCAAAACGUCGUGCAAAUCAAAUCUCUACUCUUUCACCUCUCGUACCUCGGCAUGUUGAGGCAAUGGCUUUCGAGUCGCCUUCCGAUACUCGCAAGCUCAAUGAUGUAUCUCUGUCGGUGACCGACCUAAUUAACGCUGCCGUCCAAAUCUUUUUGGCUCUAUUCGACGUAUUCAAUCGUGAAAUAAUCCACCGGGAUAUAUCCAUGGGCAAUAUACUGCUCACCACCGAUGGAAUAUUGUUAAUCGACUGGGAGACUGGUCGCAGAUUCAAGUUGGAUUCACCACCACCAAGUGGGCCUGUUGGGGAGCGGAAAGUGACAGGAACACUUGAUACCAUGGCCUAUUACAUGCUCGACGGGAAGCAUAUGCCUCUUCCACACGAUGACCUGGAAUCGGCGGUUUACGUUCUUCUCAAAGCCUUGACCCAGACGUUCAAGAAUCCACUCGAAGAUCCUGAGUGGCAGCGAAAUUAUGCGAGGUUCAAAUGGGAUAAAGGCGAUAUCGGGAUUGAUGACUUGAAGCUUGUGCGGGACAAUUUGUGGAGUCAGAAAGGAAAGCGUGGCAUUAUUCAUGAUAUAAAACAAACAUUUCGAGAAGCAGAUGAACAUUGCGCAGUGCAGUUCAUUGAUGUCCUGCUCUCUAUGCCAUUGCCUCAAGAACGGUGGUCCUCUGAAACAAAACUAAGCGACCAUACUGGGCUGGAUGCAACCAACUAUGAUGCAGUUCACAAAUCACUCGACACAAUCAUCCAAGAUGUGGUCAAGAAAUUACGUGCACUUCUGGCCUGA